AUCCGGGUUAUCGCCAUCUUUAGGCAUCUUCUUUCUCUCUCUGGUUCUCCAACGAAAAUGGCGGCGGCGACUGUAAUUGGUUUAGCUUCAACUUCAUCUUCAUCUCUCUUCAUCAAGCUUACAAAUUUCUCCUCAGACCAUCGUCAAUUCACUUCCAUCUCCAUUCCAACAAACCGUUUCACCUCAAAACAAAACCCUAUCAAAACCCUAAACUUAAAACCUCAUCCACUUCUUUCUUCAUCUCCAUUCUCCAUUCUCUCACGUUCUAUCCUCUCCUGCGCCUCAUAUUCAUACGGAUCCACCGGUUCCAUCUCCUCAAACGAAUGGCCUACUGAUUCGGAAGAUGAAGAUGAAGUUAAUAAUGGCGAGGGGAGGCUUUACGUGGGAAGUUUGCCUUAUUCCAUUACUAAUUCCGCAUUGAGUGUCAUUUUUGGUCAGGCCGGUCGAGUGGCUUCUGUUGAGAUUAUUCGUGAUCGAGAAACGGAUCAAAGCAGAGGAUUUGGGUUUGUGACGAUGGCUAGCGUUCAUGAAGCGAAGGAAGCAAUUCGAUUAUUUGAUGGUUCUAAAAUUGAAGGGCGUAAGGUGAAGGUAAACUUCCCGGAGGUGCCAAAGGGAGGUGAACGUGAAACAAUGCAGCCAAAGAUUCAAAGUAGCAACCGCAGUUUUAUAGACAGCCCCCACAAGCUUUAUGCAGGAAAUCUAAGUUGGGAUAUUACUUCUGAACAACUUAAAGACGCGUUUGGGGACUUGAGUGGAAUAUUGAGUGCCAAGGUUAUAUACGAUCGCGAUUCAGGAAGGUCUCGCGGUUUUGGAUUUGUUUCUUUUGCAACUGCCCGGGAACUCGAGUCUGCAAUUGAUGCCAUGAAUGGAGUGGAACUGGAGGGACGUCCUGUGCGUUUGAAUAUUGCCGUGGAGAGAUCAUGAUCUUCUUCUUCUUCUUCAAACAGGCAUGUCUUCUCAUGAUCCCUCCAUUUCUCAUUGAUUGCUCUGCUUUUCAAUGAAUAGGAAGAUGACCAAAUUUUAAAACUAGGUUAGGUGUGUGUGCUUUGUGUAAGCAAUAAUUAUCUUAAUGUUUUCCAUUUUUAGAAGCUGAGUUUGUAGCAAGGAAAUGUCUCUACUUAUUUUCUCCAACCUAUAUUCAUAUUACUGUUUUCUUCGCAAUA